AUGUACCUCCCUGUGUGUUAUGUGAUGGGGAGUUUGAUAUCGCUGCUUAUUGCCCGACAAGCUGCAGCAAUCGAUUUGAAUAUCAAUGACGAGCAAUCCCUCAAAGAAGCCGCCAGCACAACGGCCUACGCUAUGAUGACAUAUUACCAUGGUAACGAAACCGGCCAAAUUCCAGGAGCAUUCCCUUCAAAGUGGUGGGAAGGGUCAGCUCUCUUCCUAGCUUUGCUUCAGUACUGGCACUUCACUGGUGAUGCCACUUACAAUGGCGAGCUACGGGUCGGGUUAGAAUGGCAAUCUGGCAAAAAUGGUGACUACAUGCCGAGCAACUACAGCAGUUAUUUGGGCAACGACGAUCAAAUGUUUUGGGGGCUGGCCGCCAUGACCGCCGCUGAGCUGCGAUUUGAGGAUGUGUCGGGCGGGUUCUCCUGGCUCUCACUUGCCCAGGGAGUUUUUAACACGCAGAUCAAACGAUGGGACACCUCUACCUGCAAUGGUGGGAUGCGCUGGCAGAUCUGGCCAUAUCAGUCGGGCUACACGUUGAAAAAUUCCAUUGCCAAUGGCGGCCUCUUUCAACUUGCCGCCCGGUUGGCACGAUACACUCACGACGCGACCUAUGCUACAUGGGCCAAGAGAAUUUGGGACUGGUCGCUCAGUUCUCCACUUCUCAACAACUCGACGUGGAACGUAGCAGACUCGACAAACAUGGAGAACAACUGUGCCACACAAGGAAAUACGCAGUGGUCUUAUAAUUACGGUACUUACAUGAUGGGCGCCGCGUACAUGUACAAUUAUACGAAUGGGAGCACCCAAUGGCUCAUGGCCGUCAAUGGACUCAUGAAUAAGACAUUUGACGAAUUUUUCCCUCAGAGCAAUGGCGGCAUCUUUGAAGAAGUCACUUGCGAGCCCUCGCAACAAUGCAACAAUAAUGAGGUUCUUUUCAAGGGGCUUGUCUCUUCCUGGUUAUCUUUCACUGCUCUUCUCGUCCCGUCUACUUACAAAUUUAUUUUACCGAAGCUUCAGACUUCUGCCGUGGCGGCAGCUAAGUCUUGCACAGGUCACAAUAACAACACGUGCGGGGUUCGAUGGUAUCAAUCUACGUACGACGGAUGGAGUGGGAUGGAGGAGCAAAUAAGUGCCACAAGCCUUUUUGUGGCAAACAUGAUACAGUUCACUGGACAUGGAUCCGGCCCGGUGACUGCAAUGACGGGCGGAAACAGUACAAGCAAUCCAACGGCGGGCGAAAACGACACAAGCUCUACUACCACGCCUUUGUCGGCCAUCACGACAGUAGACAAGGCUGGCGCAGGUAUUCUGACACUUUUUUUCACGGCGGGCUGGUUCGGCUUAAUGGGCUUUACCGCACUUGGCUGA